GCAGAGCGGCUCUCAAGCGAGGAGACAAACGCAUUCAUUUCAUAUUACUCAGAGGGGCGAAGCUUUGUGACGCGCAAGGGGCCAGAAUUGUGAAACUGUACCCGGGAAAAGCUAUGUACCCCCCCAUCCUUGUUCCUGUAAAUUCCGAGAAGGAAGAACUAACGAAGAACUAACGAAGAACUAACAGAGUCAAUGACUUCAGUCUGUGUGGUUUCUUGGUUGAACAUCGGGUUCCUUAUGGCGCGCAACAGGUAGCCAGUAUCACUGUGAGAACGGAAUACAUUGCAUGAUGUUUAUUCAAGGUAACAAUCUAAUCUCCGAUCGCUUUGAUGAACUCGAUAUUUACAAGUAGGAUCAUCUGUGGAACGUUGAGAAUAGCCUAUUGAUAUAUGAUAUGUCCGCGCAAGGGUUGCUGAGCAGCGUUUUCUCAUGCUCCUCGCCAACAUCCAAAACAAUGUCCAAACGGAGACUGAGACAGACUAGAAGUUUGGAUUCAACUUUGAUAAGACACUAUGGGACCGAAACGGAUGGGACAUCGGGUCAAACAGAUCAAAAGUCGCUUUACCUAAGUGUAAAUCAUGGUCGUUACCUCCGAGCCUCAAGCGAAAGCCUCUCCAAACUGAAUGCGCCACUCAAUGCUGGGGCAAAACAAUGUCAGUCAGCAUCCUCAAGCCUGUCAAUAUAUUUGGAUACUUCUGGCCAAUUCGACUACGAUUCCAAGGCCACUAAAAGAAGCACGGCAUGGGAUUUACCUUUUCUUGUCAGGAGCCCCCAUACUCCAACCGGAAGCUCAAGCACUUUAUUUUCACCKAGAAAGUGGCUUCAAAAGAAGCCAUCUCCACCAUCCAUCCCUCAAUCAUACGCUGUAUGGAAAUCCGAGGGUGCCUUCACGUGGAACAGCAUGUCGGGGCGGAGCGUUCGUCUGAAGCCCGUGCCCCUCCAGAGCCUCUCAGAGCUGGAGAGAGUCCGCCUGCAAGAAGUGGCUUUCAGCAGGCUGCUCCAGGACUACAACCUGGGCUGCCAGAUCACCAUCCCCAAAGAUGGUCAAAAGCGUAAGAAGUCCCUCAGGAGGAAGUUGGAUUCACUGGCCAAAGAGAUGAGUAAAGACAAAGAGUCAACGCCCCAGGCCUUCGGCAUACUGCUGUCGCAGGUGAUCUCUAACGAUCGCGCCCACAAGCAGCGUCAGGAGCCCCAGCGCGAGGAGCACCGUGACCCCAGUGACCUGGUGUCCUCCCUGCUACACCUCACCUCACGGAAGAGCACCAAAGACAAGGAGCUGUCCAGCAGCAACUCGUCUCUCAGCUCCACCUCUGAGACGGCCACUGAGUCACCCUCACCCAGCACACCCGAAGCAGCACCACACACCCGCAGGAGGGGAGGAGUGUCUGUGGAUUGCAUCACUGACCUUGAUGACAAUCAGUCUCGCCUGCUGGAAGCCCUGCAGCUGUCCCUACCAGCCGAGACACCCAGCAACAGGAAGAAGCAGAGGGACAAGAAGCUAAGCCUCAACCCCAUCUAUAGACAGGUUCCCAGGGUGUUGGAGAUGUGCUGCCUGCAUCUGGAGAAAUAUGGUCUACAGACAGUUGGCAUCUUCCGUGUAGGGAGCUCAAAGAAGAGAGUGCGGCAGGUGAGAGCAGUGGUGACCUGGGAGUGGAGGUCCACGCUGGACGAGGCUAACAGUGUCCAUGAUGUAGCCGCACUGCUUAAGGAGUUCCAGGAUAGUGCUGAACCCCUGCUGACCAGAGGCUCUCUACACGCAUUCCUCAACACCAUGUUACUGGAUCAUCCAGACCAGGAGAGCACCAUCCAGCUACUGGUGUAUCUGCUGCCACCAUGCAACAGUGACACCCUGCAACGCCUCCUGGAGUUCCUGGCCACGGUGACCGCCCACGCAGAGGACAGUCAGGACAGGGAUGGACAUGAGAUCACAGGGAACAAGAUGACAUCACUCAACUUGGCCACCGUCUUUGGGCCCAACCUUCUACACAAACAGAAGAGCUCGGACAAGGAGUUUACUGUUCAGAGUUUUGCCCGCGCCGAGGAGAGUACAGCCAUCAUUGGCGUGGUACACAGCAUGAUCACCACGUAUGAGACCCUCUUCAUGGUGCCGCCUGACCUGCAGAAUGAGGUUCUGAUGAGUCUACUAGAGACGGAUCCUGACGUGGUGGAUUACCUCCUGAGGAGGAAGGAUUCUCAGCACUCUGGUCCAGGCCCGCUGAGGACUGAGGAUCCCUUCUCUUUGAGGGAGAGGCGCUGCUCCAGUGACUCCAACAAGGCCUCCAGUGGGGAGUUGUCCCCCUAUGACAACAACUCACCAGUGUUGUCGGAGGGGCUGCUCUCCCAGCCCCAGGAGGACAGAAACCUCCUCUCUGAUAGGCUCUUCAGGGUUCCGGAGCAGUACACACUGGUUGGCCACGUCAAAGGUCGUCCUAGCAUCACCUGUCACUCACCAUCCACAGGCAAAGACACACCUGAUGAACAUGUCUGGGGUGCCUGGCAUGCCUCUCUAAGGAAAGGGUUUAUGGAUCAUCACAUCACUGGUUCCCAUGGCGACGUUUCGGAACACGGCUCCUGCGGCUCAUCAGAGGGACUCGACCGUCACCAAGGUAACAACAGCAAACUGCCUGUCAGACGAACUUAUACCUCGUUAGGUGUGCCUGAGUGCAGACCACACCCCCCGGUGACUCGCUGCAGUAGUAGCCCUCUGACGGAGAGAGGGCAAAGACAGCAGGGUACAGACUCAUUAUUACAUCACCGACCACAGGGAAAACCAGGGGCCGGCAGCUCAGAGGACCUCGCACUAAGGGGCGGAGUGUCACAGCCUGCCAGUCCCUCCCUCAGAGGCAGGCCUGGCGGCAGGGUGGAUGGAAGGCCUCCCCCUCCCUACCCUGGACCUCUCAGAGGAACACACAGAGAAUGUUCUCACUCCAUACCUUCCCUCUCCCUCUCCACGCACCAGUGUGUGACCCCACAGAGCCCCCAACGGCCCCCCCAGGGCAGCUGCAGCCCCAGGAACUGGACUGUGGCCCAUAAGAACCCCUCCUCUAGUCCUCUGGAAGGAAAGGUGCCAGUCAGCCCAGAGUGGCAGAGAGAGAGCUGGCAGAUAUGGAAGCUCUUAUCAACAGACAACACAGACACACUACCAGAGACACUGGUGUGAUGCGUUGAGUGCACCCACUAACUUUAACCACUGUGUUACCAUGGGGAGAGGAGGGAUGGGGGGGUUCCUGUAUGGUUAAGUUGAUCUGUUACUUACUGAGAUGUGCCAAUUGUCUGUGAGUAAUGGUGUGUUUGUUUGUUAAUGUUGUUGUUUCACCCUCCCCAUGUGUUACCUACAAUUUUUUCAGAAGUUUGACUCCAACAUUUUGUCACUAAGACAUACCUUAAAAGAGACACAAAUUAACACCACUGAGAUGUGACUAUCUGAGUAUUUUUUGGGGCCGUUAGUAACAAAACACUUUAUUUUCAUACCAUGUCAUUUAUAUGUUUUAUAAUGUUAUUUUUUAUUCAACUCAGAAUAAUGGUGUAUGAAUGAAUCUGAAUGGAUCAGUACUAGUGGCUUACCUACAAUGUUCAUUUUUAUAUUCUAAUAUCAUCCUAUGAGAUAAAAUGCUGAUAUUAUAACCAAAAUCAAAUACAAUUAUCGUAUUGAAACAUGACAUCCAGAGGUGUCUUUGUGCUAUUUCUCAGUUGGUGGAGCUGUUGCCAAACAAAUGAAAAGCCAUUAUGUUUUUGUUACUGCCAUUACACUUAAAUGUGAUGUUUUGGUCACUAGCUUUUACAACUAAUGUUCAUGGCCUUCUGUAACUGAUUGUUAUAGUCAUCCGAACACAACUGUAACUGAUUCUAAUAUUCAUCCAUUCACAGCUGUAACUGAUUCUAAUAUUCAUCCAUUCACUCAUCCAAACACAAGUGUAACUGCCAUCCACCUGUGUGUUUAUUAUGAUGGGGAAAUGAAACUUGAACACACAGAGCAUUAUGAAUGUAAUUCCCCAAUAUUCAAGCUAGAACCAAAGUAUCUUAGUUUGUUUUCGAAUGCCACCGUUAUGAAAUGUACCAAGUUUUUUCUGCUCCCACAUCUUAAGGGGAAAUGAAGGUACUGUACUAAUAUAUACCUUACUUUCACUAAGAUUUUUGUUGUUUGAAUAUUUGCUGGCAAAUAUUCCCACUGGGCAAACACACUGGUUGAAUCAAAGUUGUCUCGACGUCAUUUAAAUUCAAUUACGUUAAACCAACGUGGAAUAGACGUUGAAUUGACGUCUGUGCCCAGUGAGUUGUUUGUUUGUCCCGGGCAAACAUUAGGCCUUAUGAUCUGUUCAGUAAAAAUGACAGUUAAUGUCUCUGAUAUGAGGUUGCCUUUAAGACUUUUUCAUUUUCACAUUGAUUUAACAUUACAUUACAUGCUAAUAGUAAUGCUUUUGUACCUUGUGCCUCAUCAGUAUUUUCAUUGCAAUUAAGCUGCUUUCAUUCUGUAUGUUGCCAGCUUGAACCCUUCAGCCUGAUUGUAUUACCGUAUGUGCAUUUUCCUUUGUCUUCCGUGAUGGAUGAAAUGGGAUAUUAGUAUUUUUAUCGUCUUGUUUUCAUCAUCUGUAAAACUAUGCAUAGAAACUGAAAGUGACGUGAAAAGUUGUGUGGCAAUAACCCCUUACUCUCUUUGAAAAAGCCUUUUAACUUCUACUUCAGAAUUUGUGUCAAUAUCCUCCAACUACUACAAUGUUUGAUUUCUUCUUGCUCUUAAUUAUUAUGUUCCCAUUCUGUGUAAAGGGAAGUCAGGAACAAUGUAAGUGGUUCAUUCUCUAAUGAACUGGAGCGGAAGGUGGCUGUUUUGGCUGCUCCUCGGACUCUAUAAAGAUUUAAUUCUGGCACAUUUCAACACGGUAAUGAAGUGCAAGAGCCAGAGCUGUCUGGCCUGUGAGAGAACUCUCUCACUCACCAGGAAGUGGAACAGAGGGUCCCAGACAUAGCCACAGGGAGUUCACCUAUCCUCUCCCGGACUGGACCACAGGCAAACUGGCUUCCUGAUUACUGCCUAAUCUUUUUAUGACCAACUUUAAAAGUCCAAUGCAGCUGUUUUUAUCUCAAUAUCUCAAUAUUUUUGGGGUAACAACCUUACUGUGAUUGUUUUCAA